AUGGAUUCGCAUGAUAAGCUUCGAAUCGUUGUAGUAGGCGAUUCCGGGGUGGGAAAAACGUGUCUAGUCCAUAUUCUAUGUCAUAAUGAAGCACUAAGAAACCAUACAUGGACUAUUGGUUGUUCAGUUGAAGUAAAGAAACACAUUCAUACACGGACAAUGAAAUCAUAUUUUGUAGAAUUCAUUGAUGUUGGUGGAUCAACUAAACACCCGUCAUCGCGAAACAUGUUUUAUCAGCACAUUGAUGGAAUUAUACUCGUGCAUGAUGUGAGCAACAGAAAAUCUUAUUAUAAUUUAUGGCGGUGGAUUGCCGAAGUGCUGAAUUCUGAUGCAUUUAAAGAGGGGGGAGAACGGGCUAUGAAUGGAAGUAUGACGAGUAUGAGCAGUAGUGCAAGUGGAAGCGGGUUCUUGGCCAAUUCUAAUUUAAAGGAAUAUGAUUUCGAGUUACAGAUAGGAGAUAGAAAUUUACAUGUACCGAUAUUGGUAGUUGGCACUAAAGCAGACCUCGUGAAACAAGAGUUAACCGGUCGACAAAGACGAUACAGCAUUGUUGAGGAAUAUGGAGGUGAUUGUUUUAACGUGUGUACAUUAGCAUCAACACAUUUCGCACGAGGUUCAAUAGCAGCCGAAAAAAUUGACGCGUUUUUCGACAAGGUGAUUGACAAAAAAUUUCAUCAUUUACAGAGCCCGACGUUUGCCUUCACUACCAACAGUACGUCAGGCAAUAAUACACGAGAUGAUUAUCGAAGACGGACGUUAAAUAUGUUGACGACGGGUGUUGCUGCUUCAUCACCGUCGUCUUCGUCUAAUAAUAAUAACAAUGUUACACUUUCUGGAUUGGGUAGUCCUGGCUUAUCCUCGUCAUUAGGAGGAGGGUAUUUGAGUAAAAGUUCGGCGACAGCUAAUAGUGGAUCGGAGUUGGAAAUAGUGGUAGUAAUAAUAUCCUCUCACCUCGACAAUCUCUAUCAUCAUCAACAGCUGCAGCAGCAACAAGAAUUACAACAAAAAUCUCGUGCUAUUUCACCUCGUCCACCCUCCUCUUCGCGUGUUUUUAUUCCUAAUAAUGUAAUGUCACGCACACCUACUCGGACUACUACUAAUGCUAACGUUACAACUACUCACCCAUCUUCGUCCAUGAAUUUUGGUGGCAGUGGUAUGAGUGGAAGAUAG